ACAAAAAUGUCAUCUCGACGCAGUUCGGUACGGCGUAGAGAAAAACCACCAUUCCAAAAAUUUAAAGAUCAUUGCCGUAAAUUUACGGCAUUUAUGUUUAGUAAUGUCGGCAUUAUAUUACUCGUUAUAUUCUAUACAAUCGGUGGGGCGUUUGUCUUUCAAGCCAUCGAAAUAUUCGAAUACGAAAGACAAAUGACGAUGCACAAGGAGGUGGUAAAGCUGGACUAUACGAAAGACAUAUUGGAUCGUUUGUGGAUCGAGACGGCGACAAAUAUUAGUUUUUAUGAUCGUCAUAAAUAUAAGGAGAGAAUCAAUGAAAUUUUAAUCGAUUUCCAAAAGGCUGUUGUAAAUCAAGAAAAAGAGGCUAUAGAUCCACACAAGCAAUGGAGUUUUUCGGGUGCAUUUUUAUAUUCUUUAACAGUGAUAACAACAAUUGGUUAUGGCAACAUCUCACCUCGCUCAGAUUGGGGCAAAUUGGCCACAAUCCUCUAUGCCAUUAUUGGUAUGCCCUUAUUUUUGCUUUAUCUCUCGAAUAUCGGUGAUGUCUUGGCGAAAUCAUUUAAAUGGAUCUACUCCAAGGUAUGUUUGUGUCGCAUAUGUCCCGGGGUCGCCAGAAGACGUAUGCUGCGUGAAAGACGUAAACUAAGAGCUGAACUAAUGUCAAGAGCUUUAGCCGAAAUGGAAGAGUCGCGUCACAGCAAAUACACAUCGAGCAGUAGUACAAGUGAUAGUGCUUCCAGUUAUUAUUCCGAAGAAUCGGAAAGUUCUCGCAGCCGUUUGGAGGCUUUAAAUAUAUUAGAUGAAGAAGACUUUUUGGAGAUAGACAAGGAGAUACGUGGUAGUACCGACGAAAUUACCGUUCCUAUAACCGUUUGUGUUCUCAUAAUGAUAAGUUACAUUCUAUGGGGAGCGAUACUAUUUGCCCGCUGGGAACAAUGGAAAAUUCUUGAUGGCAGCUAUUUUUGUUUUAUAUCGUUGAGCAGUAUUGGUUUUGGAGAUUUAGUGCCUGGAGAAGGCCUAAUUACCGAAGACAAAGAUACUGUGGGUGUUAGUUUUAUAAUGUGUGCCGUUUACUUGCUGCUGGGCAUGGCAUUGAUUGCUAUGUGUUUUAAUUUAAUGCAGGAACAAGUCAUACACAACCUGCGUGCCUGUAAGCGUGCCUUUAAAACAUGUUUCCGUUGCCGUUAG